AUUCAGAUCAAAAUGGUGCUUCACAUUCCUCUUUAUCAAACAGUUGAUCAAAUUAAAGAUUUAAUCACAUGAUAAUUAUAGAAGUACAAAGAGAGGGAAAAAUAACAAUAAAAAAUACUAUUGAAAGAAAAAGAAACUUGCUCAAAUUACAAAAGUAGUGGUAAUUCCACCAAUUAGAAAAAAGAAAAAGAAGAAGAACAAAAAGCAAUAACACUGAAUGAAUACUAUUAAAGUAAUUAUCUUCCAAAUCUUGAAAGAGCUUAGAAAACACUUCUGAGUUCUUUUCCCAAGUAAAAGGAAAUCUCUAAAGCUACGCCUGCUCUCACUCUCGCUGAGCUCGCUGGAGACUGGAGGUCAAUGGCAUCAAAGCUUCAAUUUCUACACGUACAUGUAGCUAGCUCUCCGGUGCCAAAUCCAAAGAAGAAUCCCAUAUUUGUUCCCGCCACAAUGUCUCCCCAAUCCUACCAAUCCUUCAAGAUUUAUCCUCUUCAUUUCCAUUCUAAUGAUAAUGACAACAGUAAUAAUAACAGAAACCAAACAUUUCUCUCUCCUCAGUUAUAUCCUGGAGACCCUAGUUCUCGUCGAUCUCUAGCAGUCAGAUCCAAUUUAAAUUUCCCUCUUAUUUCUUCCAACGAUAGAUGGGGUACAUGGACCGCUCUUUUCGCCACUGGCGCUUUCGGUAUUUGGUCAGAGAAGACCAAAAUUGGAAGCGCUUUGAGUGGUGCGUUAGUGAGCACCUUAGUUGGACUUGCAGGUAGUAAUUUGGGGAUCAUUUCUUGUGAAUCUCCUGCUUACGCUGUCGUUUUAGAGUUUCUGCUCCCUUUGGCUGUUCCUUUGUUGCUGUUUAGAGCAGAUUUGCGUCGCGUGAUUCGCUCUACUGGAACACUUCUCCUGGCUUUCUUGUUAGGAUCAGUUGCAACAACAGUUGGGACAGUUGUUGCCUAUUGGAUUGUUCCAAUGCGAUCACUUGGUCAGGAUAGCUGGAAAAUAGCAGCUGCUCUCAUGGGUAGACAUAUUGGCGGAGCUGUCAAUUAUGUUGCCAUUGCCGAUGCUCUUGGUGUAUCUUCAUCAGUCUUAGCUUCUGGAUUAGCUGCAGAUAAUGUUAUUUGCGCAGUAUAUUUUACAACAUUGUUUGCGUUGGCAUCUAAGAUCCCGGCUGAGACCUCAACAUCCUCUAAUGAGGAUGGAAUGGAGAGUGGGUCUGUGUCUGGCGAAAAGCUUCCUGUUCUACAGCUUGCUACUUCCCUUGCUGUGUCCUUGGCUAUCUGUAAGGCUGGUUCUUAUGUUACAAAACUUUUUGGGAUUCAAGGAGGCAUCCUGCCAGCUGUGACGGCCAUUGUUGUUAUCUUAGCAACUGCAUUUCCGACCCAGUUUAAUGGCCUCGCACCAUCUGGGGAGGCCAUGGCUUUGAUUCUGAUGCAGGUAUUUUUCACUGUGGUGGGCGCAAGUGGAAACAUAUGGAAUGUGGUCAAAACAGCUCCUAGCAUUUUCAUGUUUGCUCUAGUCCAGAUCGCUGUUCAUCUUGUUAUAAUCCUGGGACUAGGAAAACUAUUCCGCUUUGACCAAAAGUUACUGCUAUUGGCAUCAAAUGCUAACGUUGGAGGCCCUACAACAGCAUGUGGAAUGGCCACGGCUAAAGGGUGGAGUUCUUUGGUUGUUCCUGGUAUUCUUGCUGGCAUUUUCGGAAUUGCCAUUGCAACUUUCCUUGGCAUCGGAUUUGGAGUGACGGUCUUGAAAUUCAUGUAAUUUUAAAUUUCUAAAGUUAUUCUGUAAUCUGGAUAACGCCUCAAGAUCAAACAAAUGUUGCAUGGCUUCUAA